UACCGACAAGCUCUACACACUUUACUUGAUUGACUACAGCUGUAACAGUACCCACAUCAGUAGUAGUUACCAGUACUAUUCUAGUUUUCUGUCCUGAUCUUUAUACCUUCGUUCAAUUACGAUGAAGAUGUUUCUAUUUUUCGUCACCUUUGGGUUGGUGAUUCAGUAUUCCAUGGCAGGGAAAUGUCCAUCAAACCAACCAAUCAGAAACGUUGCUGUGGUACAUCGUCGUGUCAACCUUUCGACAACUGGUGGGUGCUAUUUAUCCCAUUCUGGACUGCUUCUUCAGCUUGCGGACGGGAAAUCCUGUGUACUUGAAUAUUCAACAGAUGGAAAAGCUACUUUGUCUGCUGCUAGUCCUUUUAACUUCGACAUGUCAUGUUGGUUCAAGAAGUGCUACAUAGUGGAUACGUACGAUAACAAAGACCACGACUACUGGAGGACCGAGGAAAAAGGUGUUCCUCUUUCUCAGCAUUUGGGUGCAGUCUCUCCAACGUCUGCAAGGAACCAGAUGCAAGACCUUAUAGGUGAUCAGUUCCAUCUUCUUAAACGAAACAGUCACCAAGCCCAACAGAAAUUAAGAACCUUAUGGGGACUUCCCGUUCAUAAAACCACCUAUGACACGAAUCCCAGCUUUGUUUGCUCUUGUGUUACUCGUAUGUCCAGUUAUUUGGUCCCUCCUAGAGUUCGUCAGAUAUACCAAACGACAAAGGAGGCCUGUAGAGAGGUACACUAGUUGUAAAUCAAGAUAACAAAAAUGUGGUAAUCGAUAUACGAUCUAGCAUGAUAUAGCGAGCCUAUUUAUGGAAUAUACCGGUCUCAGAACUGUUAAAGAUAACCUACUCGAUUUUAUUACAUAAUAAUAUGAAAAGCAAAUAACUCUUUGUUUUGAACUUGUAUUUUCUUUAAAUUAAAUCAAUAAAAGUUUCUAUAGCA